UUUUCGACAGACGAGACGAGUGCGGCAGGAAGGAAGUUGAAUUUAGCUGUUCGGAGAAUUUAUCUUCCAAUCUCAGUGUUGCUCGAGAGUCUUUGCUUGCCUUUUGUGUAAGUUUUGUCGUUGGUGAGGAGCAGUGAUGUGGCGUUAAUUACAAAGAAUGCGUCGGUAUUCUUUGUCGGUCAGUGUUGUCCGCCGAAUGAGCUAAUGCUACAGGCCUAGCUUGCUGGCUACGAAGCUAAUGUUAGCUUAACUCGACGUUUGGCUGAGCUUGAUUUGGACGACAAAGGUGUUUGUAAAACUAGCUGAGUUAAAUUGCACACAGCGGGAAUUUCAAGUUGUGUAUUUAUGGUCAAUUAAGGCAAUUUAAUGAUGUGAUUGGCAAUGACUUGCAGGUGUGAUAAUGGGGACGCGGCUGCUGUGUACCUGGUUUUCCAUUAUGCUUUUGCUUUGCUCCGCUUUGGGUGGCACAUUUGUCGUUGUGGUUGAUUUGCCUACGUGGAUGGUGCUGUUGUUUUUGAUUCAUCAUGGUGGUCGUCAUCCGUUUACAGGGCCUGAGAGUCACAGCGGGUACUGAGGAUAUUCGCAGGUUCUUCACUGGCCUCAAAAUUCCAGAUGGAGGGGUGCAUAUAAUUGGUGGGGAGCGAGAGGAAGCAUUCAUUCUCUUUGCCUCAGACGAGGAUGCAAGAAGAGCCAUGACACGGUCGGGGGGCGUCAUUAAAGGUGCACCAGUCACGUUACUACUGAGCAGUAAAACAGAGAUGCAGGCCAUGCUUGAAAGAAGCACCAGAAUUGCAGAGCAGGAACAAAAGAGGAGACUUGAAGAGAACACGAGAAUUGCUCGGAGAUCUGCCGACCCCGAGGUAGGCAGGAGAUCGGGUAGCAGAUCGAGGUUUACUCCUCCACCCCAACACCAGAGGGCUUCAAACGACGACGACUUCACGUGCUUGUUUCUAAAAGGACUGCCUUUCACUGUGACCGAAAAGGAGGUCUGUGACUUUUUUGGUGGUUUAUGUGUUGUCGAAAUUGUCUUACUUAAAAAGCGAGAUGGCUCGAACAAUGGGACCGGUCUCAUCAAAUUCGCAACAAGAGAGGAUGCAGCAGAAGGCUUGCAGAGGGAUAGGAAUUACAUUGGAUCGAGGUAUAUUGAGGUCUCCACGACAACGAUCAAUGAUUGGUGUCGAGCUACUGGUAGACCGCCGAUGGCUGUCAACAGGAACAACAACUUUGAAAGGGGGAGAUCACCUCUGCGCAAUCAGAGGAAUCCACCACAUCGUGUAAGGUCACGAUCACCUUUGGCCAAGAGGCAUGUCGCUCCCUCAGACGAGUACUGUGUCAUGUUGGAGAACCUGUCCUUUGCAGUGGAAAAAGAAGACAUAAAGCAGCUCUUUCAUAAUGCAAAGCUAGAGGACGACCAGAUCCUGCACUUAAGUGACAGCGAAGGGAGAAGAAGCAGAUCUGCGUUUGUACUGUUCAAGAAUCAGCGUGACUAUUGCGAGGCUUUAAGUUGUGAGGAAAGACAGUUUUUAGGUCGAUUGGUUUACACUCGUCCAAUAUCAAGAGAGAACAUGAUCACCAUCCUGGAGUCUCAGAGUAUGGCUGUCCAACCCCCUGGAAACUCAGAGAGGUUUCAGGAGAGACCUCCCCAUCACCCCAGCACUCCUUAUGACUCUGAGAAAACCUGCAUAUUCAUGCAGAACCUGCCAUUCGAUGUGCGAAAAGUUGAGAUCAUGGAUUUCUUCCAUGGGUUUAACGUCACACAGGUGUGUGUGCUGCACGACCACAAAGGCGCCGGGGUUGGAAAGGCUUUGGUUCUUCUUGGGUCCGAGGCAGAGGCUGCGAGGGCAGUCUCUCUCAGUGGACGGCGGUUUCUGGGGUCAGAAGUUGUACUGAAGUGCAUUUCACGUUCUCAGAUGCAGCAGUUGAGCGCCGAGCCGCCGGUGGUGCAGGAGCCACCGCCGAGAGAGGAGCGGUACUUGGGGAGGAGUGAGGCAUCCUUCCCCCCUGAUGAUGCUUUGUACUCCGACUUUAGGAUUCCUCCUGAUCAUAAUAUGCCAGUGGCUGAUGCACCAGGUCCUUUCCAUGGAGGCUUUGAUUAUGAACCUCAUGCAGUCGACCCUUAUUCUCCACAUGACAGGGGUAAUGGAGAUCAUGGCCACUAUGGCCCCCCAGUGCAGCGUUUUGAUGGUCCCACAUGUGUACAGUUAGCCAACCUGCCAUUCCAAAUCAGAAGCGAGGAGAUCUAUGAUUUUUGUUACGGAUACCGCAUCAUACCUGGAUCCGUGUCACUGCAGUAUGAGCCGAGUGGGAAACCAAAAGGCCAGGCCACGUUGGUGUUCGAGUCCCGUCAGGAGGCAUUAACGGCAAUCAGGGAGCUAAGUGGAAGACCAAUAGGUCCUAGAAAAAUAAAACUACUGCUUGUGUGAAAGUGACUUCGCGUUUCAUGACACCUGAUGUGUCCUGAGAGUGUGCUGUGGACAAAUACAAGAUGUUCAUUGAGACAAAGAUGAUGAAUGAGACACAACUGCCUUUACGUGCUUCUUUUUUUUUGUUUUAAUUAAAUUAGCAUGGCUUUGUGAGUAAAGUGAAUUUAUAUUUUUUUAUUGCAUUUUUUUCAUUGUGAUUAGGCCACGUGUUGACUAAAUCUGGGUUCUGUUUGGAAUACUUGAAGUUUGGUUUACGGACUUACAUAAUUCUGUUGAAUUCAGCUCGUAACUGAGAAACACUGCAGCGAAUUUCUUUUAUUUGUUCCAUAACAUGUCUGUUUGUAAUAAAAACACUGGGAUUCGA